AUGAUAGAAAUCAUUCCUGGACCCGUGAGUAGGGGGAGCAUCUUCAUCUUGAAUGUCUACAGCAGCCCAAAAGACUUGAGGCAGCGCUUUAAGACCCUCGUCUCCAGGGCAUCACAGCUCGCCAGAGACUCCCCGCUGGUCAUUGCUGGCGACUUUAAUGCUCCCUAUCACACCUGGGGCUAUCCAUAUGAUACACACAAGGGGGAGGAUCUCUGGAGAGAGGCGCUCAACCGGGACCUGAUGCUUCUCACCGACCCGUCAUUCCCCACUAGAUGUGGUACGUCGGCUAGCAGGGACACUACUCCUGACUUGACCUUCGUCAGAGGAGCGGCGGCAGCUAAGUGGGUCAACCUCAACAUAGACCUGGGUAGUGACCACUACAUCCUGGCCACGACCUUGCAGGUAGAGCAGAGAAAACUGCGCAAGUUUAUGGUCACCGAUUGGGACAAAUUUCGCAAGAUUAGGGAGGAUUAUGUGGAAGACGAGGAGAAGCCCGAUCUCGAACGCUGGACCGACCAGAUUGCACGAGAUGUCAAGGCUGCCACCAAGGAAGUUAGCACGGACCUCCCGGUCGAGAAGAUGGAUAGCAGACUAGCACAUCUGAUCGAGGCCAAGAGGUCCCUCCUGUCCAGAUGGAAGGGGCAGCGUCUCAACAGAAGGCUUCGCAAGAAGAUUGCCGAAGUCAACAAAACAAUAGAGGAGCAUUGCAAGGUCCUUUCCAGGCAGCAGUGGGACGAUGUCUGUAAUUCCAUCGAUGGUCAAAUGCGCCGUGCCGGGCCCUGGAACCUCCUCAAGCACUUGCUAGAUGAGACAAAUACCAAGUCGAAUCAACGAAGCACGCUGGGACGCAUUUUGCACGCAGCCAGACAGGAAUCCACGGACGAUGAAGUUAUACAGACGCUUGUGAGCAAGUACCUACAGGUGGAUUCCAGCCCGAUGGAUGAUCGUCCCCUCAAGGAUUAUGAGGGCGUUGAGAACCCAGAGUUGGACGCAGAGUUUGGAGUUGAAGAAGUCAGGCAAGCCCUACACGACCUAAAUGGCAAAUCGGCACCCGGUCCAGACAAGAUCACUAACAAGGCCCUAAGGAACCUGGAUGACAAAUCAAUAGAGCACCUCACUGAGUUCAUCAACAUGUCAUGGAGCAACGGAAAUGUUCCAGCACUAUGGAAGAGGCCACCGUCAUCCUUAUUCCCAAGCCUGGAAAGCCACCCAGUCUCGACAAUCUUAGGCCCAUCUCGCUCACUUCGUGUGUGGGCAAGGUAG